CAAUGGCCUGACGUCAUCGCGCCAGGAAGCACAGAGGCAUCGCCCUGCUGUAUAUCUAUAUUCUGCCGUACUACGAAAGCCGUAGCCCUGUCUGGGUCCGCAAUGAGAGAGUACAAGAUUGUGGUGUUGGGAAGUGGAGGCGUUGGUAAAAGCGCCCUGACGGUACAGUUUGUCCAGGGCAUCUUCGUGGAAAAAUAUGAUCCCACCAUCGAAGACAGUUACAGGAAGCAAGUGGAAGUGGACGGUCAGCAAUGCAUGCUGGAAAUCUUGGAUACUGCAGGCACGGAGCAAUUCACGGCCAUGCGCGACCUGUACAUGAAGAAUGGCCAAGGCUUUGUGCUUGUUUACUCCAUCACGGCCCAAUCAACCUUCAAUGACCUCCAGGACCUCAGGGAGCAGAUCCUCAGAGUCAAGGACAUGGAUGAUGUGCCAAUGAUUCUCGUCGGAAACAAGUGCGACCUGGAGGAUGAAAGGGUGGUCGGCAAGGACCAGGGAGCGAAUUUGGCGCGUUCUUUCAACAAUUGUGCAUUCCUCGAAAGUUCAGCCAAAGCGAAGAUCAAUGUCAAUGAGAUUUUCUACGACCUUGUCCGGCAGAUCAACCGUAAGAACCCAGAGAAGAAGCCAAACACCAAAAAGAAGUCCAAGUGUGUCCUAUUGUAGAAAAGCAUGCUGCAACCUCCUCCAGCACCAAGGCUGACAGAUGUCCCAACUCCUGGUUGCAACGUGCCCGCGAUAUGAGGCCUUCGGACAACGGGCAGCGAGGAAUCGAGGCAUCCGCAACUCUUGAAGCUCGCCAAGCCCCCGUCUGCACGCACUCACUCGAUUGCAGAUUUUUGUUAUUUCAUUUUUUUUUAAAAUCCCCCGCGCAGUCGUGCUCUCUGUAAUGGCCUAUCUGCCGUCGCACACUUACCGAACCAUAACCAAAGGGGGGUACAAAAACUGUUUUCUCUUUUGUCCCUUCUGGGAACCCCCAUCUCUGUGAGCACACCCUCUUUCAACAUAUUAGUACUACUACUACUACAACCAGUAAUCUGUGGGCUUGUGAUGCCGCGGACGUCUAAUUGAAGCUCUCUCCCCGGGAAAAGAAAAACGAUUGCCAAACUCUGCUCACGUUCACAUCGUUGCUCUGUGUCUGUACAUCUCUCUCAAGGCCGGCGGCGUGCUCUGAAAGUCUGCGCGGCAUCGCUUUCCGUUGGCGGGUCUUCCGGUCAAAUGUGCCUCUCACUUGUGUCUCAUGUCGUAGCACUGUGGUCUAUUUUUCAAGACCUGACCCCACCCCCAUCCUUUGCCCCCUCAAUCCACAACAAAGCUGGAACAGUCAACGAUAAGUGUCAGGACUCUGCCGAGAACUCGCCUGUCACACGACAGCAGCCAUUGUUCCGUUGCGAGUUGUCUUCCGCGGGAAGCUUUCUUGGUUUCUCCGCUGCCGGCUUCCGCAGAUUUCUUGCACCUGCGUUUACACACACAGCACCACUUGCUCAUGCAGAGCAGUUUUGUGUUACAUCUGCCAAAUGUGGCCUCAUAAUUUGUGUAAUGCUUUUAGUAUAGUUUUUUUCUUCUUUUCAUGCUCUCUAUACGGGCUGUGAGGCAGUGUUUAUUUAGCUCAUUUUCACUGGGAAAAGACAGCAGUUGUUUCAUUUCUUCUCUCCCCUCGAAUCCUGGCGGCAUUUCGAGCAUCGUGUUGCGAGAUAUUUGCCCAACUACUGGCAGUCAGUUGGUGGUGUAUAUAUAUAUUAGGAGGAGUGAUCUUAAAGCAAUCCACAGAAUAGUUUACGGAGAGGAGCACACGAAGUGCACGUUGCCAUUUUUUUUUUUUUUUUUGUCGGCUUCUAUCGAGAUAGCAAUGUCUUUUCCCCCUCUAUUUAUUAAUUGAGUUCUUUGCUACACUUCUUUUUGAUGUACAUCAUAAUGGCACGCUUGGUAUUGCAUGUUUAUUGAAUGAGCCCCCCCUUUUUACACUUUCUUCCCUGAGCCAGUUGUUUUUAUCAAACAUUUUAACUUUCUUUUUUGUGCAGUUCUUUGCAUGUUUUCUGGUCAUAUGCAGAGACUCUUAGGUGCAAUCCUGAUGAACGCUUAUUUUAUUUAGCCUUGCAUUUCAAAUCGUGCAAGGUGCCUCAUGGCAAACUUUUUUUUUCCUGGCCAAAUAGAGAAAUUACCUGCAAAUGUGAAUUUGGAUUGUACUUAUGGUGCUACAGAUUUGAUUGUAGGAUUGAGAAAGAGCUCCAUACGUACGCAAGUAUAAAUAAAACUUUUUAAUCAGUGA